CUUGUCCUCGACAUGUUGUCUUGUCUUCUGUCUCGAGGGUCCUGCCAGGCUGUGGCGGCGGUGAGACCCACGUCUCACCCGACGUUCGGCUCACUUUUACGAGCUUUUACAACCUCAAGUCCCAAAUGUGGCGGAACAUCCGAAAGUGGUAAAAAUACAUUUCCUGCUUCAGUGGUGACCUACUCCCAGCUGAAGACCAUGCUGUCCAGCCAAAACAUCCAGCUGUUUGAUGUGAGAAAUCCUGAUGAACACCUGGCUGGACGCAUUCCACAGGCUGUCAACAUCCCGCUGGGGAUCCUGGAGGAGUCUCUGAAGCUGUCCCCGGAACACUUUCAGCAAAUAUUUGCAGUGAAGACUCCUGGGAAGGAUGACCAAAACAUCGUGUUUCAUUGCAGAAGUGGCAUCAGGAGCCUCAAAGCGCUGGAUAUUGCCCGUCAGCUGGGAUUUAGCAGGGCGAGACAUUACAGAGGAGGGUACACCGAGUGGGCCGAGGAAGGAGCGAAAUGAACCCGAGUCAAACUUCAUUAAGUUCCUAGCUUAUACAAAACUACAGAACUUCAGUUACUCUUGAAUUUAAUUGUUUUAUUCAUAUUAACUUUUAAUUCAUAAGUUAAUACCAGUUUAAAUAAUAUUAUAAUAUUAAUAUAAUAAUCAUAUUAUUAUUUCCCUUGUAAACUCAUUUUAGCUACUUAUUUUACACUUUUUGAGGUGUUGCAUUAUGCUUUCUAACCUUUUUAUUCUGUGAUUCAUGUGCUUCAUAUAAAACGCUUUACAAAUUUAAAUGUAUUAUUAGUAAUAAUAAUAAUACAUUAUUAUAAUAAUUUUUUACACUUUUGCAGUAAUUGUCAUAGUUUAAGGUUUUUGUAGUAGGCAUCUUAAAAAUAAGGGAAGCACAGCUCUGAGUUGUUCAAUCAUGAGUCCUGGGCUUAUUAGUACUGAUCUUAUUAAACAAGCAUGAAUUGAUAAGGGAUCAUUCUUAUCAGACUUAUUCAAACAUUGCUAGCCCAUCUUUAUAAAACAAAAUGUAACAAAUAAAUACAUAGAUAUAAACUUAUUGUAUGAUGUAUUAUUCAAAUAAUAAGUAAAACACAAAUUAGCAGAAAUUAAAAUGUUUAUUAUAAAAGUUUCGACACAAUUGUUAACAUUUUUAAAUGCAUCAACAAAUUGGGCAAAAAAAAAAAGUAAACAGAUAGUGAUAGAAGCUGUCGACUGAACCGAACCAGAACCAGUUCCUUAGUGCACUGCAUUUUGGGAGAAUGGUGCCUGUUAACUACACACUCAACAUUCUAGUUUUCUUUUUUUAUACGCAUUGAGAUUGUUUUGACUUUACUUUAUCUUCUCACUGAGUGAACAUACUCUUACAUACGACUCAAACCCUGCUUCUGGUUUUAGGCUGUAGUUUGAUAAUCACUUCCAUCUCUUGACCAGUAGAUGGCAGCAACAUUCCAACCAACUGUGAACAUGUUUAUUUCCAUUGACCACUGUCGUUUAUGAUUAUGGAAGCUUUGCCCUCUCAGGCCUGACCUUCACACAGGUAUUGGUCCAGACAGGUAUGGAUCCUUUGAGCAACCGCUCUGUGAGCAGCUGUCAGGCGUCCCAUUUGCAGAUCCAUUUUAGAUCCUUCAUUCAGAGGGAAAGCAUACCCCACUUCACCUUCACCCUCCAUCCUAUCCUCUCAUCCAGGCUAUUUGCAACACAUCAACGGUAAAGCAGGUGUGUGUCUGUGUGUACACGUCAGACAAUAGCCUCUCCAUUGAAAUCAAAUGAUACUUUUCCAUAUAGCUGCAUUCAUAUGGAAGAGACUGAGAUUGAUUUCCUGAUUGUUGCAUGAUAGACAGAAAUGGAAUGCAAAGGAAAUAUGGAUUUGGUGGACAUUUUUUUUGAAUGAGUUGGGGAAACUGCUUUGCACUCAGAAUUCAGCAUGUGCUAUGGAUGUCACAUCCAAUCAAUUUAGUCACGUUUCAAAUGUAUGGAUUUAUGCCAGCGAGUGUAAGAUGUGCAGGAGUUAAUUAGCGUGCAGCUGUAGAAGAAGGAUGGCUCCAAUUUCUAAGGACACGUGGACACUUUUAACAUUAGUUUAAUGCGAACUGACUCCGGGUUGGUCCGGGGAAAUGAUCAGUUCGGUCUGUUUUUCAGCUGCAUGGUGAAGAAUUCCUCAGCUGCCAUGGAGGAAAAGUGCCAUUCAGAUCCCAAACCUCCUGCUGCUCACUUGUUGAAAAGGCUCUGUAAUGAAAUCUACAGUGAGGCGUUUGUUAUAGAAAUAUGGAGAAACGUGAGCUGUGCGGUUUUUAUUUCAAACCAAUUGACAGAUUAAUGUAUUGGCUCAAAUAAAAUGUACGUCUUAAAAUACUA